AUGGCUCCAGUCAACUUUAUCGUCUUUGCCAUCGCUCACCCUUCGGAACUCGAGAGUCUGAAAAAACAGAUUAUCUGGAAAGACGUCCGGCCCAUCGAGGAUUUCACCGAAGAAGAUGCUGCAGGCAUUAUCGACCACUAUGUGACAGACGGCCUCUGCCUCCCCUCGGCAGAGAAUUGGCUCGAUAACAUCUGGAAACUGCUCGAUAUCUUCUUCCUUUCAUCAUCCAACCUCCCCGGGGCUAGAAAACAGGUCGCCGAGCUGCUAUUCCAACAGGCGUACGACCACGCCGAGCCCUUGUCGCAACCCCGAAACCAGCUCGUAGCCCAGGUUAUCGUCCCCUUUCUCGAAAAGACGCUGGCACCCAUCACCGACGACUACUUUCGACAACUCGCCCUUGAAGUGCUGGUCAAAGCGGCUGUCAAAGAGACGUUCGAGAGGGAUGAAGAGAGACGGCAGGCAAGAGCGACGAAAGCAGAGAGUGAAGUGCAGGAGGAGGACGCUUCUGCCAUCCCCAGUCAGGAGGUGAAAGAUGCUGCGGCCGGUGGAAGUUUUCACACGAUACGAAACAUGAUCAUCUCGCUCUCGUCAGAGGCGAUGUGUAAAGAGGAGCCUGCCGCGCCGUUGAAGCGGGAGAUGGAGGCGUUGUCAUCACCACCACUAUCCCAAAAAUCACCACCUUCCCUUCCAAAACCCUUCCCUCAGGGCAGUUCCGCAGCAUCCGUCCCGAAAGAACCCCCCCAUCCCCGAGAACAAAGCGCAUCUCAAAGUUCAUCUGGAUCUGCCCUCAAGGGUCUGAUGAGCGCCUUGUCACCGCCAUCGCGCACAAAAGAACUCCCGUCGGUCGCUGCCCCUACCCCAUCACUAGCGACUGCCAUCGCCGACGAUUCUCCAGAAGACAUCUCUCCUCCUCGAAAAGAGUCCACUCCGUCCCCAGUUCCUCCCCAUGCCGACUGUCACUCGUUACUAGCGGUCCGUGCGUUGAUCACCAUUUUCAACCGCCUCGCCUUUUCCCCUCCCCAUCCAUCCUCGACCGGCUCAAAAUCCAUCCGCUCACCAGCUUCGUCAAGGUGCAUCACCAUAUACAGAGAUCUACUUGGUCUUUUGCAUCCCUGCAACCAGCAUGGCGCGGGCGACGCAACGCCCACAUCCCGCGUCGCUACCGUCCGCGCCAAAUGCCCCCGUGCGAGAAUAGCCAUCCUGCAAUGGCUCCUCCGCCUCCGUGCCGACCCCAAGCACCGCAUCUACCUCCGCACCAACAUUGACAACACCAUCCGGCCAUUCGCAGAGACGCUAUGUCGGACAAAAGAAGCUAUCGAAGCGCAAAAGGCAAAUAUACUCGCAGAUGCCGAAGAGGCUCGCGCGAGGAUCAAGGCCAGGCAGAUGAGGGAGUUUGGAGUGCAUAGAGAGGGUGCAAGGGAGAGUAUGAGGGAGAGGACGAUGACGAGCUCGACGACUAGUAGUAGUCGGAAUCGGAGUCGCUCGAGGCCCCCGGCGCAUAUUGAUGCGAGGGUGGCCGAUUUGUACAAUCCGCUCUGGCAGGUCCCAGAGUCGAUUGAAUUUGAUCUUCCUGCCGACAACCUUCCCAGUGAAGGGCUUUUGACGUAUGAUCCGAAUCACCCGUCACUACGAGUCAAGGAUGCGCCAGCGGUGGAGGGUGUGUGGUUGCCCGUCUCUGAAUACGUCGCUUGCUUGAAUGAGGUCCUCAGGUUUGAGACCGACUGGGAGGUGGUGUCGUACGUCUUGUGCUUUUUGCCCCUGCAACUCGGCAACAAGCUGUUCUUCCGCGGCGCGAGGGCCACGAAAGAGGUCAAAAAGCUCCUCAAGGUGCUGUGCGAUACCAUCCCCCAGGAUAAUCGUAUCGAACGGAGGUGCAAGCACCACGCCUUUAUCAAACGCCCCAACGUUAAUGCGGCCGUCUUCCAAGCUCUCACCAUCCUCAUCAGUCACAAGGAUGUGCUGGACAGCAAGGAGUGCGACACGUUGAUUGUCGCGUUCGAAACUUGCUUGGAAUCAAACACUAUCGUAGCAAAGCCUUGUAUCCAAGCGCUUACGCUGUGCAUUUUCGAACUGGAGCAGCCGAUCGGCAAGAGGCUGUUGUCUAUUAUCAGCAAGAUGCGUGAUAUCAACUUGACCUCUGGUAUCGCCGUGCAUCUCCUCGAAUUCAUCCUUGCCCUCGGUCAACACACACCCCUGUUCCGAAACUUCACCGACGCCCACUACAAGGAUGUCUUCACCCUCGUUAUCGACUACAUUGCCGAGCACAACGCGCGGUCAGACGAGUUAUCUGAUAUGACGGCCGACAAGCGCGAGAGUUACACCUUGUCUCAGCACGUCAUUGGUCUCGCAUACCACUCCAUCUACGUCUGGUUCCUCGGUCUCAAGCUUGCUUUGCGACCCGAGCUCGUCAAACACAUCAUCUUUAAGCUUUUGCAGAGUCGUUCGCAGAGGGUGGCAGUUGAUGAGAUGGUAGAGGUGUGUUUGGACUGGUUCGCGAGGUAUACGUAUAGGAACGCGGACCCCAAACCUGCUUCAUCUUUCUUCUCUGAAAUUGUGCUGCAGAAUCCAAGCCCUGUUCUCACGCCUAUGCCCGAAUCAGGCUCGGAAGAAGCUGCUGCUCAGCCUCCAGCCGAUCCGAUCAAAAGACAGAGCUGGUUCCUCGACGGCGCCAUCAUUACCAUCAUCACACACGCUCCGUCCGGCUGGGCUAGUAUCACUUCGACCAGGCCGACGGGUGCUACGGAGGUCAUGGCGAAGAUUGACAAUGUGCCGCUAUCAGGCUUGGAAGAGAAGGAUGUCGAUGUGUUUGCGUUGACAGAUGAGCUGGUGGAUAGGAGGCAGGAAAUUAUGGAGGAUGAGAAGAUUGCUGUGAGUAGCCUUACUAAUUGUGGGAAGCAGAAUGCUGAUAAUUACCAGACGGCGUUGAUGAAGUCUAAAUCGACGAUCUCCGAGACCGAUGACUCGUCAGAAGAAGGGCUAUCAGCGCUGCAACGCCGGAAACAUGACGCUGUCGACCCCGCCUACCUUGCCAUUGAACUCCUUUCCUCAUACGCAGAUACCGGUGCCGACAGUCCAAUCGGUAAAUUCGUCCCCGACGAGUCCCGAUUCGACCGUUCUCUGCGCUCUUUGGAGGGUACCCCGGUUAUCGACACUGCCAAGUUCGGUGUACUCUACGUCGGCCCGGGCCAGACAGAUGAAAAGGAUAUCCUGGCCAACGUCGAAGGACCCUCCCUCUACCAAGCUUUCCUCGCUGGCCUCGGUCAGCUCAUCAAGCUCAAGGGCCAAACCGACGUCUUCACCGGUGGUAUGAACCGCGAGGACGACUCUGACGGCGAGGUAGCUUAUGCCUGGUGGGACGACCUGGUUCAAACCAUCUUCCACACCUCCACCAUGAUGCCCAACAAUGCCCUCGACCCCAAAUUCGACAGGAAAAAGAGGCUGAUAGGCAAUGACUAUGUCAAGAUCGUCUACAACGACUCUGGUCAGGAUUUCAAGUUUGACACGAUCAAGACCGAGUUUAAUUUGAUCAAUAUUGUCAUCUCGCCGCAUACUACACCCGAGACGCAUGGGCCUGUACCACAGCCCGAGACACUCGCUGCUGCAGGUGCCAACCACCCCGGCGGCGGACCCGAGGGUGAAGGCUAUGUCGUAUGGGGCCGUGAUGAUUACUUUAAGGUCAUCCUCCAACGUGCUCCCGGAAUCCCAGAUUUCAGUCCUGUUGGCAAGUUCAGAAUUGUCUCGAAAGAGAUGAUGCCUGGGUUUGUGCGACAUGUGGCGUUGAUGGCGAACGAUAUGGCGGCGAGGUUUGCGCAUAUCAGGAAUGCGAGGGAUCCCACGGAUGCAGAGUAUAUCACGAGCUGGCGAAGUCGGUUGAGGACGAUGAACAGGCUGAAGGCUGCGUGA